CGGUUCUGAUUUUCUCUCAGAGCCGCCUCACUCUCUGUCUGUCUGUGCCGCCAAUCGGUUCUGAUUUCGUUGAGUGGGAAGGGAGAAAAUGCCAUUGGGACUGAUAUUAGGGUUAGGGAGGGCAUUUAGAAGGAAGCGCACAUCGUCUCUUGACAUUCUCACUUCGAAACGUGGCCCAAGGGAUUAUUACAAGGGGAAGAAUUGCAUACCAACUGGUUUUCACACUCGCAAAGGUGGUUAUGUAGUGGUGCAAGAAAAACUGCCAAACUAUGUAGUCCCUGAUUUGACUGACUUCAAGCUAAAACCAUAUGUGUCCCAGUGUCCAAUAGAAGUUAGCUCUACUGAGGCUGCUGAUUCGGGUAAAUAAAUCCAUGGAGUUUGAAGAAAUUAAUAAUCUGCCUUUCGGCAUGGAAUUUUACUAUGCAUGUUGCUCUCCUUUUGUUCCCUUCCUCUUUUUAUCUUGUUGAGUUCUGGGGUUUUCCCCAAGGGAGAAGAGGGUGAGGUUCAGGGGCAGCUUAGGCUACUUGAUAGAUUUUGAUUUUGCUUAUACUCAUUCUCUUUUUUUAGUAUUAUGCUACUUGGUAGAUUUUGAAUUGGUUUGUACUCGGUCUCUUAUUUAGUUAUGACUACCUUGUUUCUAACAUGAUUCACUGAAAUUACUUUGACUAUGUUGAAACAAUGAUCAUGAGAGAAACUUGUGUUAACGCAAACUACUGGGAUGAAACUGCACUUACCUGCCUCUGAACUGAGGCUGCAUGGUCAUGACGAUUCCACAAAUUAGUAGCAAA